GUAUUAUAGUUGAGCUCAAAACACAGUUUGUGAGUUGCACGUAACCCUAAGGCUUCCUUGUUAGCAUUCUGGUCCUCGUCUCUGAUGCUAGGAUCGAAGAACGCAGUUGGCGUCAAAUCCAUCAUUUGGCGCAAAGGAGGCAUCGUCGCGGAUGGGUCUCGGUAUCACCCAACCAAUCAUACACGCUACGAGAACUAGUAUAGGUCAAUCCUAGACGUCCGAUCCAGAGAUCCAAUAAGUCCAUGUUUGAAUCCUCUAAUCGAUUGCGAGUGGCUAAUAAUUAACGGGCAAAUAAUUAGUCGUGAUAUGUUUGAAGUCUUAUCUAAUAGAUGACUAAACAUACUAAAUAGUUAGUUUUUACCUUGCACGGCAAACAAUUGGUCAUGAGAAAAAACAAAUAAACUGGCAAGAGUAUGGAUCGUAUUCUUCUUUUUAUUAUGGUCUAUUAGCAUAUAUUAACAAGAUUAAAUGUCUAUUUAGCUUGCUAUCUAAUUUGCCAUACUUUGUCUAGUUUUUUUGACUAAGUUUAGUUCUUAAAUUUGAAUGACUAACCUUAGGCAAAGAGAGGUAUGGUUAGCCAUAAAUCAAUUAGAUCUUAAAUGACUAAUAGAUAAACAAUUUGUUAGAUCUCUAGCUAAUAAUUUAUUUAUUUAUUAGCUAGUCUGUUUGGAGGGAGAUGCUAAAACUAAUCGGCAAAUUGUUUGUGUCAAGGACGAAGCUACCUGGUUAGUUGUGGAUACACAUGCAUCCUCCACAGUCCAAAAUUCAGUUACAAUAAUCAAAAUUUCACUAUAUAAGCAUUCCACAUAUCUUAUGCACCCAUAAGAGAGUUGCACUCUCUGCUCUAGCUUCGCCGCUGAUUUGUGUGAUGCAUCCAAACUAUAGUUUCCUUUGGAGCGAAGCAAACCGACGUCUCCCGCAGGGCCAAGUUGUCUGCGAUAGCAAACAGCGAAACCCGUCGUCAGCGCAAACCGCGACGUUAACCAACCCCUAAGUAUCCCUGUCAGCCGUACACGUGUCCCAAUCGAACGGCUGGGCUCCCUCGUCAGCGUAGCAGGUGCCGCCCGUCCCGUCGACCGACCUGACGGACGUCGCCGCAAGCGCCCGGCUGGGCUUCACCUCUCCACCCCAUCGCUCACCACUCCCCCCUUCGUCUCCAACCAGAUCGCCCCCCGCCGCAUAAAUCCCCCGCUGACACCCGAUCGAGCAAACCCUCGCUUACCUCCCGUCACGUCGCGUCCGAACGGCGACGCUGCGCCGUGAUGGACGCCUUCUUCGGCAAGGGCGGCGGCGGCGGCGGCUUCCGCGGCGCCAAGUGCAAGACGCUGCUGAAGCUGUCGAUCCCGCGGAUAAAGCUGCUGCGGAACCGGCGGGAGCUGCAGCUGCGCCAGAUGCGCCGGGACAUCGCCAAGCUUCUCGAGGCCGGCCAGGAGGCCACCGCGCGGAUCAGGGUGGAGCACAUCAUCCGGGAGGAGAACAUGAUGGCCGCGCAGGAGAUCCUCGAGCUCUUCUGCGAGCUCAUCGCUGUGCGCCUGCCCAUCAUCGAGACCCAAAGGGAGUGUCCUAUUGAUCUCAAAGAAGCAAUAUCAAGUAUCUGUUUCGCUGCUCCAAGAUGUGCAGAUCUACCUGAACUGAUACAAGUUCAAAUGAUGUUUGCAACUAAAUAUGGGAAGGAAUUUGUCGCUGCAGCUUCAGAGUUGAUGCCUGAUUGCGGGGUCAAUCGUCAGAUAAUUGAACUACUUUCUAUUCGUCCUCCUCCUGUCCAUGCAAAGUUGAAACUGCUGAAGGAGAUAGCUGAGGAACAUGAAGUUGACUGGGAUCCAUCAGAGACAGAGAUAGAAUUUCUCAAACCUCAUGAAGAUCUAUUGAAUGGCCCGACCUACUUCAACGGCUCCACACUACCUCUUCCCAAGGAGAAACACGAGGAAACAGUAGCGGCAAGUGCUGCCGAGCGGCCUGACAAAGACUGCGAGUCAGAUACCGGUCUUGACUCACUGGAUUUUCCUGAAGUCCCAAAAGCAGCAAUACGUCCACCUUCUAACACACCAUUGACCCCAGAUAUUGGUCCCCAUGCUCCGGGCUCUCAGCCGCUUCCUCGUGAGUUCUCAGACCGUACUAACUUGGAGGAGAAUCCAACAGCUGGCGGCGCUUUUAAUGUUAUUCAGAUGAAAAGCCUGGAACAUCUUAUCUCUGCACCAUCUGCUCAGCCAAACACACCAGAUUUGCCAGAUGAAAAGAAGCAAUUUAUUCCUUUUGCAUCUCCACCGCCAGUUGUUGCUACUCCAUUGGAAAAAACUGAGACAGUUCCCUCACCUUCAAUGUCUCCUCCAGUGAAGCCAACAGAGCCAAAAAUCUCCACAAAGCGGGUUGAUGAAUUGGCCACACCUCCAGUACCUCCCACUGAUUAUACGUUCACAAAACAACCAGAACAAGUACGGCCAAUCUCUUCCGAGAGUGAGGCAAGUAUCGACUUGGACGAUGUACUAUCUGCUGCUCAGACAGCUGCUGAAUCAGCGGAGCGAGCUGCGUCCGCAGCCCGCGCCGCUGCGAACCUUGUGCAGCUACGCAUUGCAGACCUAAAGAAGAAUUCAAGGGUCUAUAACAAGUACACCGACAGUGCUCAAAAGGAAAGCCCUCAUCAGGCCGAGGGUACACAGAAACCAGUAUUUGAUCACCAGGACUCCUUCACCAACGAGACACAGGACUAUGUGCCGUCUCAUGUGCCGCAGAGGUCGCCGUCUCUGGAGGACGAUCCGUAUUUCUCCUACCCCAACUUGUUCUCGGCGCCAAAACCUUGAAGGCGGAAACUAGUGGCCUGUAACUGCUAGUAGUAGUCCUAUUAUGUCUUGGUCUUCGCUGUUGCCUCGGAAUUUCUGUGUGUUGCUGAGUUUGGUACAUAACGGUACAAAAGGAGACUACUGGGUUAUUACUUGGCUACGAAACCUGUCUAGUUUGAGUCUCUGUAAACUGUACAUGUACGGUGUCUGUAUCAGUUUUCUGAAACAUUUCUGCAGUUCUACACGUAAGUAAUGCCAGAUCAUCUAGUUUGGUUGGGCUGGGCCCAAAACAACAUCUUGUAAUUUGGAAUGGACUUGGAAUAAAGGAAGUACCUGGAGAUCAACACAACAAA